AUGAAGCAAAAUAACAGUGCCAAUGAGUUCAUACUCUUAGGAUUGACACAGGAUCCAAGGAGGCAGAAAGUGGUGAUUGCAAUCAUCUUCAUUUUCUAUGUGGGAACUGCAGUGGGGAAUUUGCUUAUUAUCUUCACCAUCAAGUGCAGUCGGACACUUGGAAGCCCCAUGUACUUCUUCCUAUUCUAUUUGUCUCUUGCUGAUUCCUGCUUUUCCACUACCACAGCCCCAAGGCUAAUAAUUGACGCUCUGUCUUUAAAGAAAAGCAUCUCUUACAAUGAGUGCCUGACUCAAAUCUUUGCACUCCAUUUAUUUGGUGCCAUGGAGAUCUUUGUCCUUAUCCUCAUGGCUGUUGAUCGCUAUGUGGCCAUCUGCAAGCCCUUGCGUUACCCAACCAUCAUGAGACAACAAGUGUGCGCCAUCUUGAUUAUUCUUUCCUGGAUAGGGUCUUUUAUUCAUUCUAUCACGCAGAUUGUCCUGGUCUUGAGGUUGACUUUCUGUGGACCCAAUUUGAUUGAUCAUUAUUGUUGUGAUUUACAGCCUUUGCUUAAACUUGCAUGCAUGGAUACAUAUAUGAUCAACCUACUGUUUGUCUCUAACAGCGGGGCCCUUUGUACAACUGGCUUUGUGAUGUUAAUGAUCUCAUACAUAAUUAUCUUGCAUUCACUGAGAAACCACAGUGCAGAAGCAAGAAGAAAAGCUCUCUCUACCUGCACUUCCCACAUCAUCGUAGUUGUCUUAUUUUUCGGUCCUUGUAUAUUCAUAUACACACGCCCACCAACUACUCUCCCCAUAGAUAAGAUGGUGGCGGUAUUUUACACUAUAGGAACACCAUUUCUCAAUCCACUCAUCUACACAUUGAGAAAUGCAGAAGUGAAAAAUGCCAUGAGAAAAUUAUGGAACAUCAAAAGAAUCUCAGAAAUCAAGAUGAACUAA